ACGAUAAGGGUAGGCAAGGAGAUAGGGAUGAUGGAUAGGAAGUUGACUUGCAAGUUUCACAAGCCUUUGGAAUGAACCACAUCGCGGAAUUGAGUUUUGGUUCCAUUUCGACUCGGAGUUAACGAGAAUGGGGAUGGUCGUUCUGCCAUUUCUGGGAAUGGUGAUGGCGGAGUGUGCGCAGGUUGGCUUAAUCAUUGUCAGCAAAAUAGUCAUGUCUCACGAUCUGAGAGUCCCCCAAUCACAAUUUCUACUCUCUGUGGUUUUUUCUCACUUGGGUUGCUCGGCUAUUUGGCAUAGGUAUUUGGGUAUGCUGGGAUUUACUACAGCUCUGCUACACUCAGCUCGGCUUUGCUCAACCUUGUCCGUGGAUUUACCUUCAUUCUUGCUGUUGCUUUUCGAUAUGAAAAAGUGGAAGUGAGGCGAGUGAGCAGCCUUGCGAAGUGUACAGGGACAGUGUUGUCCAUUACUGGAGCG